GAUCGCGGGGUGUGCAUGGGCGGCGUCCCGGGCGCGCCCCAGCACUCGGAGCUGCGCGGGCCCGCCCGGGAAGCGCCGGUGGCCGUGGCGGUGUCAGGCCCGCUCCUGGGCCGGAGGUGGCGGCUGCAGCUCGCAGCCCCCCAAACCCUGAGGGGGAGGCAAAGCCAAGCCCAGAAGAGAAAGGUCACCCUGACCUGUUCCAGAGCCCCUUCAGGUCCCAACAAACAGGACAGAGGACUCUCCCCAGCCAGAACAUUCCAUAGGGUAGAGGACAAGGACUUCUGGUCUGAAGCAGAGGGUGACCCAAGCUGCUCUGUCGCUGAAUCCAUCAUGGAACAGAUCGAUGGAUCUCUUCAGAUGGAGCAUGCACUGCUGUUCACCUUCCUGGAGGCAUCCUCUGACUGUAAGUUCAAAGCCCAGCUGCAUUCCCUGCAGAGCCAGCAGAUCAUGUGGUGCCGAGCAAGCGAUGACGACGAGCUCCAGACCGAUGGCAAUCGGAGCGGCCACUUCCAGAACGGUGACCUGGGAUUGGCUCCAACAAAUGAAGAGGUUAUCCGGAUCAUUGCUGCUCAGCUGGCUGAGAUUGGAGACCAGUUUGAUAAAGAGAUCCAAGGAAGAGUAGUAACUGACCUAGUGCAGCACUUCCUGAAUGAGCAACUGUCUAGAGAGGAGAUAACCCUGCACAUGUCCAGGGCAGUGGGAGAGCUCACACGAUCCAUCCCCUCAGACAUGGAGCCGGAGAAGGCCAUGUUGGUGCUAGCAAUGGUCUUGACCAAGAAAAUUGUGAACACGGUGCCCUCCCUCCUAUUCCGUGUGUUUAACUCCACUCUGAACUACAUGCACCAGCAGCUGCACGACUACAUUGUGGAUAUGCUGCGUGAAUGAGCUCUCCGGCCCUGUGUGGAGCAUGAGGAUUCCCAAAGAUUUUCCUUACUGGAUGAAGUUCACUUGAAUUGCUCUUACCUUGUGAGAUACGGCUAUGAAAGGGAUGGCAGGUUCUAGAUAGGCUUUUGUAGACUAGCACAGCAGUAACAGUAGUGUGAGCUGCCUGCCAGCUCUGCCAGUACCUGUAGGGAGUAGUGCUUGCCUCGUUCCUUUUACAAUAUUUUUAAUUUUAGCCGCAGCAAUCUUUGUGCAGAGCCUGCCUCGUACCCCACAGGCCCGGCGGGCACAGGGUCUGCCCUCGCAGGGUUUUUUCCUAAGCAGCUGUAGCCUUUUGCUUUAGUCAUUCACCUCCCAGCCCUGCUCCUGCAGCUGAGCCGUGCUCAGUGCUGGUCCCAGGAAGGCUCAGCCUGUGGAACGGGUGGUUCAUCAGCAGAAUCAUCGGCGGGGGUGGGUGGGAAUCAGGUUUGUCUUGACAGAAGCUGGCAGCAAGAGGGGACAGCCCUGAGGGAUAGAGGGGUGUGGCCAGGGAAGGCUGACACCGAAGUGUUUCAGUGUCACCAUACACCUGUGUUUGCUUGAAAAAUAACUGAUGGGAAAGCUGCCAAGAAAAGGGCAGGGUAGGCACAGGGCAAAUCUUUUUGGGAAUACAGCCUGGAUAUGCUUGAGAAAAAGUAGCAUAUCUUGUAGCCACAUCUCAGGUUGAACAAACUUGCACUCAGGUUGUUUGAUAUAUAAUCACACAAUGUGGAAAGUAAUCCAGCUGUAUGUAAAUAUUGUGGGGUUUUUUAACUUAAAUAAAAAUUUCCUUUCUGGUGGCCACCA